CUUUAGUUUCGUUUUCUAAUUCCCUUUAUGUCGUCAUGUGUCGACACGGAAAUUGACACUCAGCGUGGCAGAGUAACCAUAAAUUUCAUAAUCUUAAGCUUGAAGAGUGAUCUUUUAAUCCAGCACCUACGUAUACACACAUAAUCCAUAUAAUUCUCCUGUACAAGUUUGCUAGCUAGGGUUUCCUCCUUGUGCUCUGUACCUCUCUGUAAUUCUUUGAGGAAUUCCGAAAAUGAACAAAAAUGGGGCACGUUGUGUACGUGAUAAGUUGACGUGGAUUUUUGUGUUUCUGGUUAUUCUUCCAUGUUUGGUUGUUGGCGAGUGCACAUGUGAUAAAGAAGACGAAGCUGGUGACAAGAGUUUGGCUAAGAAAUACAAAAUAGGAGCUCUGGUUUCGAUUUUGUUCGCAAGCGCAAUCGGCGUUACCAUUCCAAUGCUUGGGAAAACUUUCUCGGCCUUGCGUCCUGAGAAGGACUUGUUCUUCAUCGUGAAGGCCUUUGCGGCUGGGGUCAUAUUAUCCACUGGUUUCAUCCACGUUUUGCCCGAUGCUUUUAAAAAGCUAACAUGUCCUUGUCUUGAUGAAUCUCCGUGGCAAGAUUUUCCUUUCACAGGAUUUGUGGCAAUGGUGUCCGCUAUUGCAACGCUCAUGAUUGAUUGUAUUGCAACUGCAUAUUUUAAAAAGGCUCACGUUCCCGAGAAGGAUCAAGUUGUUGACCAAGAAAAUCAGGUUGUGGAGCAACAUGAAAAUCAUCUCCACGUUCAUACCCAUGCAACUCAUGGUCAUGCUCAUGGUUCCAUUCCUCCUUCAUCGGACCUCGUUAGACAUCGUGUUAUUUCUCAGGUGUUAGAGUUGGGAAUUGUGGUGCAUUCUGUGAUAAUAGGGAUCUCUUUAGGUGCAUCAGAAAGCCCUAAAACGAUAAAGCCUCUUAUAGCUGCUUUAACUUUCCAUCAAUUUUUCGAAGGCAUGGGGCUCGGUGGUUGCAUCUCACAGGCAAAGUUCAAGGCGAAAGCAGUUACAAUAAUGGCACUGUUCUUUUCCUUGACAACACCAGUGGGAAUUGCAAUCGGUAUGGCGAUUACGAAGUUUUACAAGGAGAAUAGUGAAACUGCUCUAAUAGUGGAAGGUGUUCUUAACGCAGCAUCAGCUGGGAUAUUAAUUUACAUGUCUCUUGUGGACCUCCUUGCAGCCGAUUUUAUGAAUCCCAAAAUCCAAGCAAGUGGGAGGCUUCAGAUUGGAACUAACCUAUCUCUGCUUCUUGGUGCUGGUUUUAUGUCGCUUCUAGCCAAAUGGGCCUGACUCACCAAAGCCCACUCUUAUUGAAUCUCGAUUACACCCAUUUUAAUGUCGUCCAAUAGAUGUGAUUUAUUUUUACUUCAGAGAAAUAAAAUUACAAAAACAAAUGAGGCGUUUUUGUUGACCCUUUGCCUCCACUACCGCUAUCCUAUUAAUUACAUAAUAGGGAUUAAUUAGAAAAUAAUUUCUUUUCCACUUUUAGUCUGUAGAAAAGAGAAUAUCUUGGGACCCCCAAAGCACGUGUCACGUGCACUCCUUUAGAAGUUUGCGGAACAAUUUCCGUAAGACACUAUUUAGCUUAGAAUAUACAAGUCUUUCGAACUAUUUUUUAUCAACUUUCUAGAUUCGAAAUAAAGUUUAAAUAAGUUCUUCUUU